UAUAAGCCAUUAGUUUCCACACGAAAUUGACUAAUAUGUGUACCAAACACUCGUACAAAAUUUGGGCGCGAUCAACUUCAUACCUUGACGGCUUGAUGAACUAAUGAAAAAUCUAAACCCUCAAAAAAUCAUCCCCAGAGCCCAACAAACCUUCUAAAAAGUUGUAAAAGAAAUAAAUGUUUUUGGGAACAAGAUGGUAUUCUCCUUGGAUCUCUAUUUAUUUUAAUUCUAUUACAACCCGAAUUUGAAUGAACCCCGAACCGAACCAAGCUCGAUUCAAAUUCGAGCUACAGCCCAUUCUGAUACCUACAUAAGCCCAUAAAAGCCCACGAAACCCGAAAUGGACUCCAAAACAAGUUUUUAGACGGAAUUGAUUACGCUCCAUAGAUCCGACGGAAAUCAUAAACUUCCUUUCUUCUUCCCGUAUUCUUGUUCCAGCCAUUAACGACCAGUCUGAAGCUCAAUCUCUUAUCUUUGGACGCUCUUCCGAAACCAAAUUUCCCAUCAAAAAAAUAAAUCUGUAAAAGAAUGAUGUGAGAAGGUUACAUUGUGGAGCUUGGCAAUAUCUGUGGUAUCCAUUAUCCUCUAGUAUGCUGAAAAUGGUUUGCUGGUUUCGGAGGUUUGACAUCGAAACAGGGAUAUUGGUUCUCUAGGGAGAACAAUGGGAGAUUUAGAUAAUUGUGUUAAAGAUGAUUCAACAUUGGCCAGAGAAUCGGACCUUAACUUUGCAGUUGAUGAGGAUGAAGAAAACUUUGAAAGACGAGGUGACUUCGAUCAGGAUCAGAACCAACAUGAGCAACAUAGUUCCCCCUCACUAAAUCCAGAAUAUUCUUACCUUGUGGCAACUGAAUCUGGUCAUGACAGUGUCGUUGAAACAAAAUUUGCCCAUGAUCCAGAGAGGACUCAGUCUCCAUUCAAGGACAAUAACCAAUACCAAGGUGAGAUGGAUGAGUUGCAUGGAAGUAAUUUUCUUAACCCCUCCUCUCAUUCUAAGUCGCAAACAUUCCAUAAUGAAACGGGAGCUGAAGAUUCUGCUCAUUCACAGGAGUCUCCACUAACAGCAAAUGCAAACCGGGGAGCUGGAGAGCAGAGCGAAUCUGACAUGGGUAGGCCAAUUGAUGCUCCGCAUGGUGGGGGAGAGAACAGAUUUUAUUCAGAGAGAUCACAAUAUGAAUAUGGUGAACCCAAGAAAGAUGACUCCCUAGGUGAGAACAGAAACCCUGGCAUAUAUCAUUCUGAUCUUCAUUCUCCCAAAAGAACUGCCGAAGGAUCAGUAUCUCCUAAGACAAAGAGACAAAUGUCAAUUUCACCUGAAGGCUCGCCUUCUCAUCAAGGUUCUCAAGCACAAAUGUCACAUUGCCAGAAAAUUUCUUCCCCUGAAUUGCAUAAAGGAAUUUCACUUGAUCAAUUAUCUCCGACCAGGCAAAGUUCUGCUUCAACACAGGGCAUUCAGCGCCAGUCCCAGCAUAAGGAUAGCUCUUCUCACAAGCAUAUAACUUUGCCCCCAAGGUCCCACCGCUCACCCCCAAGGUCCCAUCGCUCACCACCAAAGUACCGGAGAAGGGAUAGAUCAGAGUCACGAUCACCCAUUCGACACAGAGAUUCCUAUGGUUCCCAGAGGGAUUACCGUGACCGAACUCGAUCACGGUCCCCAUAUUCAAGAGUCCAUCAUAGGUCCACAAGGGAAAGGCAUUCUCCAAGGCGAAGGUCCCCUUUUCCAGAAUAUCAUUCUCCUCACCGAUCUCCUAGAAGGAGACCUUGGUCACCACCUCCUAAUAGGAAAACUGGAUUAGGGAAACCUGGGAGAAAUUUAUUUGUUGCAGGUUUUAGCUUCGCGACUACAGAGAGAGAUCUGGAAAGGAAGUUUUCUAGGUAUGGCAGAGUACAACAUGUUCGGAUCGUUAGAGACAAGAGGUCGGGAGAUUCGCGUGGAUUUGGAUUUUUGACGCUGGAAACGGAUGAAGAUGCUGAUGCAGCUAUCAGAGCUCUAGAUGAGACUGAGUGGAAUGGUCGGAUUAUUCUUGUCGAAAAAUCCAAAAGUUGAGGGCUUGAGACUCACCUUGAUCACAACUAGCCAUUGAAAUCUUUUUUUCAGUCGUGUAAUUUUGUUUUCUGAAGUUAGUACUGCCCACCAGUGUUGUAUACAAAAUGAGUACAGAUUAUAUAUCACAUCAUAAGGGGUUCUCUUCAUUUUUCUGUAUUUAUUUGAAUGAGUAAAUCUCAUCAGUCAUCUUCUCUGUAAGUUGUUGGGUCUGUCAAAGAUUCAAAUAAUACGUGAUGCGUUCUGUGUCAGUGAAACAUCUGCUUUGCAUAUAUUGAGGUAGAUGACAUGGAUACGUGAUGCGUUCUGUGA